AUUUCAGCCUGGAUGGUUUUUUGUCACUCUACGCUGCUUUGGGUGGCAGCUGCCAGAUAGCAUCAAAGAGCCGAACAGAUUCCUUUUGUUCGCCUGUUUGAGCGGACAAGCAGAGGGCCGUUUUGCUGCAAGUUGUGUGCCAGGCGCCAGGUGGCAAUUGAGCCCGAUGCGGCCACGUACAAAACCCUUCGAGGUAGCUGGAGGAUGGCGCUUGGCAUUUUGCAGAAGGCUUUUGCAGCCAGCGUGCAAGUCACUGAUACUCUGGCGAAUUGCGCGGCUGCUUCAUGUGCUGACCUGCUGCGAUGGCGGGAGGUGCUUGCCCUUUUGUUCGACAUGGCCACGAUGUUCAUCCAGUCCACGGUGGUGAGCUUCAAUACUGCAAUCAACGUUUGCAGCAAGCUGUGCCUUUGGCGAUGUGCCUCCGCACGCUUGCAGGCCGCCAGCGAGAUGCUGCAGCCCAACACGGUGACCUUCAACUCGAGCCUGGGCGCCAUGGCGUGGCACCGCGCCGCGGCGGUGCUCUGCGAGAUGCGCCGCUCGCAGCUGGCCCCGGACUCCUUGAGCUGCAAUUCGUGCAUCAGCGCCUGUGAGCGCAGCGGGCACUGGCAGCCAAGCCUUCAGCUGACCGGACUGGACUUGCAGGGCUUCAAUGCUGCCAUCAGCUGCAGCGGGAGCCGCUGGUGGAAUGCACUGCAGCUUUUUGCCUCCAUGGCCGAGCGUAUGCAGCCAAGUUUGGUGAGCCAGAAUGCGGUCCUCAGUGCCUGUGAUAAGGGCGGCGAAUGGCUAAGAGCAUUGUCUUUGCUGCAGGCUUGGCACAAGCAGAGGACAGAGCAAGAUGCUUUUACCUACAACUCGUCCAUCAGUGCUUGCGACUGGAUUCAGGCCUUGCGAUGCUUCACGAUCAUGGCUUCCUCCUGGAUGUCGCCAGACUUGGUCAGUUACAAUGCCCUUUCCCACGCUACUGGAUCUGCGAAAAUGUGGACCCAGAGUUUGUCGCUCUUCCAUGAUGUGCGCCCUGACUCUGCGAGCUAUGGCAGUGCAUUGAUGGCAUGCAGUAGCUCCUGGCUGCUGGCUGUGAGCAUUCUGGUCACUAUGCGGCAGGAGGCGCUGCGGCCUGCGGCGGGCCUUGUGAGCACUGCCGUCAGCGCCUGCGAGCAGAGCUGGGAGCCGGUGAGGCCGCAGGUCCUGAGCCAAGCGAUGAGCUGAGGCAAAGCACGUCAAGACCUAGCCCCAGCUCCCCAGCUCCAGCCACGCGCAUGUGUGCUCCUUUGGCCAAAACCUGAUGUGCGCCUGGACCGGGCAAGCUACCAUGGGCGGUGAUGGCGAUGGAGACGAGUUGUGAUGUUGGGACUGCUUCGUUGCAAUCCUGGCGGGGGAAGGCAUGCUCCAGCUUAGAGCUCCAAGACAGGCAGACAUCAGACCCUGCAAGCCAACUAUGUGCUGCCGGCAGUCAGCACAUGUUGCCAGAAGCCAGCACCUGUUCGACAUCAAAAUGCGUGAACUGCUUCCUGCUGAGUACGACACACCUUCUGCCAAAAAAGUACACAGCCGCCAGAAGAUUCUGAUUAGACGCUCGUAGUUGCGAAGAAAGUGCACUGUGCUGUCACUUUCAUUGUCAAAUAUUUUCGAAGCAGAGCAGGACGUGGCCAGGGCACGGGCUUCUGAAGCCUAGAGCUACCAUGCGU